UGCUUGUUCGAACUUGUCUCUUUUCUUUAUGAAUUAGGCUAUAUGUUGCGUAAACAUAUGUAAUGCGAAGAUAUUUCCAUCACAAGUGCAUAUCCCCACGUACUGUUUCUGGUAACCAUAGAAACGGGAGCACUAAGACUGAGAAAGGCUCCGAGAUUUGUUUUGGGGAAAAUGCACUUUGUUGCUGAGAGAACGGGAAUUUUGAGCCAAGCUGUAAUUUCCAUCAUCUUCCAGAGAGUAAAUUAACACCCGGCCGGUGAGAUGCCUCGCUCCUCGGCUGUGGAUGGAUCUCAACAGCUGGCGGCAUAUGUUUCCUGGGUCAAUGCCCAGUUGAAGAAGAAGCCUGGUGUGAACCUCGUGAGUGACCUCCGGCAGGACCUUAGAGAUGGUGUGGUGUUGACCCACCUUAUUGAGAUAGUGGCUGGUGAACUGCUUGAGGGUAUUCACUACUCACCAAGGGACAACCAAGAGAAGAAAGAGAAUGUGGAGAAAGUUCUGCAGUUUGUAUCAUCCAAGCGGAUACGCAUGCCCCAGACCUCUGCCAGAGACAUUGUGGAAGGGAACCUCAAAUCUGCCAUGAGGCUCAUCUUGGCACUGGCAGCACAUUUUAAGCCAUCUGCCUCAGCCAAUAAUAGAGCAGGCCUUGGUUUGGGUAGGAGCUCUGCAGGGUCUUUGGCCAAUCACAGGCCUCAUUCCACUAUGGCCAUGGCUCAGAACGCAGCAGCAGCUCUGGCAGCGGCCAGACAUGAUGCCUCCCGCUCAGGCCGUAGUGUCCUCCACCUCAGACAAGACUGGCACAGCCGAAGCUCCAGUGGUGAUGAGGAGAUCGAGAACCCAUGCUGGAGUGUGCGUGCCUUGGUACAGCAGUAUGAGGGACAGAAAGGAACAUCUGAGGAAGACCCAGAGUUGGAACCCCCUAGCCUGAGCUCUUCCAGCCCCAUCCACAACCCAAAAGACUGCGUCGGCCUAUCAGAUGAGAAAGCACAGUUUUUGGACAUCCAGUCAGGAGAACUCAAAGGAUCUGCCUCAGAGCAUGAUGUGAUGUAUGUGCGAAGCUUUGCCUGGGAAGAACAGCUGUGGGAGCAGCAAGAGCAGCUGGAGAGGGAGAUGGUGGAGGCCAGGAGAAUGGUGUCCAGCUUACAGGCUUUGCUUCUCCAUGGAUCAUUACCUGAAGAUGAGCAGGAGGUCUCACUCAGUUUAGGAGAAGGAGUGGAAAAUGCAGAGCAACAACUGGUUGUAAUCCGUAGUCGUCUUGACCAGAGCAUGGAGGAAAGUCAGGAACUGAAGAGGGAGCUGUUGAAGUAUAAACAGGAGGCACGCAACCUUCAAGGAGUUAAAGAUGCUCUCCAGCAGCGUAUGGCUGUACAGGAGGCCUCUGUGCUCCAGCUUAAACAGGAACUCCUGCGCACCAGCAUGAAUCGGGACGAACUGGCUGGACAAAACGCUGAGCUCCAGAGGAAGCUAGAAGAGAGGAGCAGGCUUCUCAGUGAAUAUAAGAAAGAAUUGGGGCAGAAGGAUCGCCUGAUACAGCAACAGCAGCUCAAACUGGAUGAAGCAUUGCGCAAGCUGACAGAUAGCAAUAAUCAGCAGGCUGACCUACAGAGGGAGCUGGAGCACAAGCAGAUGGUUCUUCAGGAGCUAAUGAACCAUGAGCAAAAUGAGCUUCCUGGUGCUCAAAGCAAUGGUUACUCUCACCCAGCAGCCUCAGCGCACAGUACAACACAAUCACACAAAGGGGCAGAGGAGCUGCAGUUGGUGCGAGAUGCUCUACGCAGCCUGAGGAACAGCUUUGCCGGUCACGACCCUCAACAUCACACCCUGGACACGCUGGAACAGGGCGUGGCCAGCCUUAUGGACCGCCUCUACACACUGGACACGCAUCACAGGCAGGAGCAGAAGGUGAGGGUGAAAUCUCCAGCACACAAGGCCACUCACAUAGACAGGGACUCCUGGCCACCCAGCACCAAAAUGUCCCACUCUCACAGCAGCCCUGUGCUCAACUCUUCAGCCUGCACCAAGGUCCUCUACUUCACAGACCGUUCUCUAACCCCCUUCAUGAUCAACAUCCCGAAGAGGUUAGGAGAGGUUACGCUUUGGGACUUCAAGGUGGCUAUAGACCGAGAGGGCAGUUACAGGUAUCAUUUUAAAGCCCUGGACCCUGAAUUUGGCACUGUGAAAGAGGAGGUAUUCCAGGAUGAAGCAGUAGUGCCAGGCUGGGAAGGCAAGAUUGUGGCCUGGGUGGAGGAGGAUCAUGGGGAGGGGAGGAUCUAAUUGGAUGCCUGAGGAAAGGGAGGCACACUGGGAUUUGGUGGAGAUGUGAACAGAUGUUGGAACUGUGCCAAACUGCCAAAAUGAAUGUGCUUGUGUCAGAUGUACAGAUGCUGAGCUCUAUCUUGGCCUUUACUGUGUGUCAAGGAAGAGCAGAACUAGGGAAAGGAACCAGGGGGGUAAUUACGUGGCAAGAAGUCCUCCGUCUCCGUUUUGUGUCUUUAUAUCAGCAAAAAGACUUUGCCGCUUGCUGGUGGCUAAGCAGAGGAGCCUCUCCCAAACAGGUUGCCAUAGUACUGACAUCCAUAUUCCCAGCUGACACUUUCAGAACAGCGUGUCAAACAAGUGUUUCACUGUGACUACAGGAACCUUUUGUUUGGAAUUACGAAGAGCUUUAUGUCUUAGAGUUCCUUUUUUACAAAUGGGAACUGCCAGAGUUUUGAUAUGCUACUUUUUUGUUGUUGCAGUGGAAAGAGAUUGGACGAUUUACAAACAGCUAUGUGUGUGGUAUCACGAGGUAUAGAGUAAGUGAGCAGAAUGUUGUGGAUGUUCGGAAAAAUUAUAAGAGGGAUUGUGCAGUGUGCCUCUGCCUUGAUAUAUGACUUCCUUUUUAAGAUUCAGUUGACAUACUAUGAUUAUUCACACUGUAGACAUAUUGUAAGAGUUAUCAAGUGCACCCUGCUGCCUCCCAGCACAAAAGCAUCGAAGGAUUACUACAAAUAAUGUGAUGUCGGCUAAACCUGUAAUCCUAGCAUUUAAAGUUGCAUGCAUGGUGGAGGGUUUUUGAUGUCUUCAGUGAAGGCCAGGCCCCUAACAGCAGUUUGUCUCUCUUACGGUUUGUCAGUUAACUUUGGUUGGGUUGUCUGGACCAUUAUCUCAUAAACACUUGUACUCAAUAUUGGUACAGGUUCUCUUAGUGUCUUUCUAACUCAGCAGUUGAUUAUGAAUAGCUUUAUGUCUAUAGUUUCAUUGCACAUUUCAGGCACUGUGAGUUUACAGGACCAAAAUGAUUUCGUAAUAACCUUCAGAAGACAACAUUCAGUUGUUUCCUGAUAUAUGUGUGAAUUGAGAUGUCCUCAAGGCACUAAUAAAGUAUAAAAUUUCAGUACUUCUGACUUACGUUAGGCAGUGAACAAAGCAGAGAUCUGUAGCGCGGUCUGUGAUCUCUAGCACAAUGCAUUUAACUUUGCUGAAGUCAUGACUGAUUCGUAUUUUAAGUUAUGUGUAUAUGAGCAACUGUUGAGAACUGUAGCACUGCAGCAUUCAUUUGAAAAACCACAGUCAGUGGAGUUUACAGAGAAGAACCGGAGCGUGCCUGCACUGUACUGUACCUUAACUGAAGAAAGGUCAUGAAAAUGAGAUUUGGGUGUUGCUUUUUUAAAUAUGUAUUUAAAAUGUAGUUUUUUUUUCUUCAGAAAGAGGCAUGAGGCUUUUAUUUUAUCAGUGUUCUAUGAAUUCUGAACAAUGUCUUAAAGAAGUGCUUGCUUUCAUGAAAAAUGUGCUCAUGACCUAAUGUCCUGUUCAAUAUUGCGCUUGAAACCUCAGCAGUGUCACUUUUCCUGUUAGUGGCUAUAAGGAUUGAAUUGUUAUUUGUUUUGCAAAUAAACAAUUUGAAUAUAAA